AGUAUGAGGGUGGAGGGUGUGUGGACACAUGCUUUUGUGAACGAGUGAAUGGACUGAUAGAGUGUACAUGAGAUAAAGUGAUCAUCAGGCUGAGCGUUCUCUCUCAUCAGUCUAAUAGGUUUGGUUAAUGUUCACCCUUCAGUAGGGUUCAAAAGUCAAGCAUUUGUGUGAAAGACACAAACCAGUAAAAACCGAGGAACAAAAACCAAGAGAUCUGAGCCAAGAAAGACAACAGAGGGAAAACCAUGAUCACAAUCACAGAGUUUCAGAAAAUCGGUGUGGGUCUGUCAGGAUUCGGCGUGUUCUUUGUGCUGUUUGGAAUACUAUUGUACUUUGACUCGGUCCUGUUGGCAUUUGGAAACAUUCUGUUUCUCUCUGGUCUGGCCUUCAUCAUUGGCUUGAGGAGGACGGCCCACUUCUUUUUCCAGAGACAGAAGCUCAGAAGCUCCGCCUUCUUUCUAGGAGGCGUGGCUUUAGUUCUACUAAGAUGGCCUCGUAUUGGCAUGCUAGUGGAGACCUAUGGCUUUGUGCUUCUAUUUAAGUCAUUCUUUCCAAUGGCUUUUGGAUUUCUUGCAGCAGCCUUGAACAUUCCUUUUUUAACUACGAUUUUAAACAAGUUAUCUGGAAAUAGUUCCUCAAUGGUGUAAGAGCAGAUGCUGGAAAUCUGGAGGUGCUUCUGCAGUGAACUGUUCAAAUUUUAUUUUUAUUUUAUUUUAUUAUUACCUUUAUAAUAUGUUGAAUAAACUCACCAUAACA